AUGUUCUGCAUUGCUGUGCUCACUUCAAACUUCACCAACCGGCUGCUGUGCCUUUCUGUCCCCCCCACCCCCCCACUGCAGAAUCGGCCCGAGGACCAGUUGGAGGCUCGCAUCCAGAAAGCGGUGCAGUUCAAGACAGAGGGCAACGAAUAUUAUAACCAGAGGAGGCUGCGGGAGGCCAUCAGCCGCUACCACUGGGCCCUGAUGCAGCUCAGGGGCCUGGACCCCAGCGAGCCUGCCCCGCUGCACGCUUUCGGCGACGAGAAAGUCAAGCUCAGCCCCGAGCAGGUGGCUCUGCUGCGCAGCACCGAGUGCGACUGCUACAACAACUUAGCAGCCUGCCUCCUCCAAUCUGAGAAGGUGAACUACAUCCGGGUGCGGGAUUACUGUCUGAAGGUUUUAGACAGGCAAGCAGACAAUACCAAGGCUCUGUACCGGGCUGGAGUGGCUCUCUACUACACCAGAGAUUACGACCAGGCCCUGCACUACCUCUCAGAAGCAGCAAAGUUGUCACCAAAUGAUGUCCAAGUGAAGAGGUACCUCCAGGAGACAGAACGGUGCCUCAACCAGUACCACAAGCGCGAAAAGAUGAUGUACAAGGAGAUGUUUGCCAAGUGACCGCAGCAGGAACCCUUUCUUCUCUGCUACAUGUUGGACAUUUGCAUCAGCUCCGUUGCCCCCCCUCACCCCCCAGUACCCUCUCAGCAGGGAGCAAACACAGCCUGUUUUACGUCUGUUCAGAGUUACCCACCUCGGUGACGCAGCCUUUCUCAAAUCUACCCAAGAAAGCAUCUGCAAGUUGCUACUGACUGUCUCUCGUCAGGGCGGCAGUGGACAUGUAUGCGCACGUACCGUGGUUAUUUAAUCCAGGUGCCAGAAUUAUUUGUUUGAUUUUUUUUUUUGCCUUUCUUCUCCUCUAAACUAUAAAAGUGAUGCCUGACGUUUUUUCGGAA